GGAAUGGCAGAUUCAAUGGAGUCAACUCCCUUGCCUUCCAUCGAAGAGCGCCUGGCUUUCCUCUGCCCUUCUCAGGAGCUUCUAGAAUAUUAUCAAAAGAAGAUGGCUGAGUGUGAGGCAGAAAACGAGGACCUGUUGAAGAAACUGGAACUCUACAAAGAAGCUUGUGAAGGACAGCAUAAACUUGAAUGCGAUUUGCAGCAGAGGGAAGGAGAGAUUGCUGAAUUGCAAAAAGCUCUAAGUGAUAUGCAGGUCUGCCUCUUCCAGGAACGAGAACAUGUUUUACGCCUGUACUCAGAAAAUGACCGACUGAGAAUCAGGGAGAUAGAAGACAAGAAAAAGAUUCAGAAUCUCCUGGCUCUUGUGGGAACAGACACUGGAGAGGUGACCUAUUUUUAUAAGGAGCCUCCCCACAAAGUCAGCAUUCACCAAAAGACGAUCCAGGCUGUAGGUAUUUGUGAACAGAAUGAAUCUUCAGCUUUCAAAGCAGAUCCUAAAGUAAGCAAAAGAAGACCAGCAAUGAGAGAGAGGGAAGAAAGUUCUGAGCAUUACCAGAGAGACGUACAGACACUCAUCCUACAGGUGGAAGCGCUGCAGGCUCAGCUGGGAGAACAGACCAAGCUUUCUAGAGAACAAGUUGAAGGGUUCAUGGAGGAUAGACGGAUUCGCCUUGAGGAAAUACAAGUUCAGCAUCAAAGAAAUCAGGACAAAAUCAAAGAGCUAACCAAAAAUCUCCAUCACACCCAAGAACUGCUCUAUGAGAGCACCAGAGACUUUUUACAACUCAGAUUUGAAAACCAUAAUAAAGAGAAGUCAUGGAUGCUUGAAAAGGAUCAUUUGAUGUCAAAGAUUAAGCAAUAUAGAAUGCAGUGUAAGAAGAAAGAAGAGAAAAUUGGAAAAGUUUUGCCGGUUUUACAUGACAGUCACCAUACCCAAAAUGAAUAUAUUAAGUCCCUAAAGGAUAAGUUAAUACAAGAGAAAAAGCUGUCUAACAUGUACCAAGAGCAGUGCAUUUCCCUAGAAGAAGAACUUGCCCGAAUUCGUGAGGAAGAGGGUGUAAGGAGAGAGAUCUUCAAGGAUCGCACUAACAGGAUGGGCAAGCGUUUACAGAUAAUGACAAAACGCUAUGAGGCCUUGGAGCGUCGCCGUAUCUUGGAAGUAGAAGGCUUUCGGACAGAUAUUAAGGCUCUCCGACAGAAACUGAAAGACUUGGAGCAAAUGCUCUAUAAGGCAACAAUUAAUUCCCGGGCAAACCAGGAUCUUGCCAUUCUGUGUGAGGUUCGGGACAGCAAUAGACGGGCACAUAAGAUACAAGGAGAACUGAAGAACCUUAAGUCCAAAGUGUUUGGUUUGGAGAAUGAACUUCGACUCUGUUGAUGUCUACUUCUGGAACUGGCCUCUGUUUGGAAGAGGUCUGCUUCCUGAAGCCUGAGAAGGUCAUCUGUUCCCAGAAGAAACCUAGAGUUGACUAGAGUCGUGGUAUCCAUUAUUAUAAAGAUAGAGCGAACAAUCAGGAACCACUGAAAAAGCUUUUCCUGGAGGCUAAGCUUUAUUUAUAAUUUUCACUGUCCUGUUGACAUUUUGGGGGGUCAGGAUUAUAAACUGAUUAAUUAGUGGCUUUCCCACAUUAUUUCUCCCAUUCUGACAGGUGUGUGUAUUUUUUUAAGAAGACAAUGAUGAAAACAGGAAGAAAGCAUUUUGCUGUGAGCUUGGCUGAGUGUCAGUGGGAAGAAGGCUUAGCCUAAAGAGACGAGGGACACGCUGAGGUCGCCUUUCUCCCAGGCAGAGACAAGGCUGCAGGUCACACAGCUCGUCAGAUUUGAUUUUUUUCAGUCAGAUAUCCAGUCUCAUGAGGUUUCAGCAGAGGGCACUAGAGACCCUAGUCUUAAGCAAAAUGUUCACCUGGAAGAAUAGAGGUGCCGCUUGGGCAAGAGGGAGUGAAACUGAAGACCCUUCUAUGAAAAGUUUGCAUUUUGUCAAUAACAUGGUUUUUAAAAAAUAAUGUAUAUUUUAAAUUAACUAUUUUUAAUAAAAUAUGUAAUUGAAAAAUGUU